AUGGUUCAGUACAAGCUCAUUUACUUCCAAGGUCGUGGACUUGGGGAAAUUAUCCGACAGAUUUUCGCCCUUGCUGGUGAGAAAUAUGAAGAUGUCCGUUACAGUUUUGAAGAAUGGCCUAAACACAAAGAUGAGAUGCCAUUUGGCAAAAUGCCAGUGCUGGAAGUUGAUGGUAAACAAUUGGGGCAGUCCUUUGCCAUUGCCCGUUAUCUAUCUAGAAAAUUCGGUUUUGCCGGCAAGAGUCCGUUUGAAGAAGCUCUUGUUGACUCAAUUGCUGACCAAUACAAAGAUUAUUUCAACGAGAUUUAUCCGUUUAUAAGGGUCGCUUUCGGGUUUGAACAAGGAGAUCUGGAGAAGCUAACCAAGGAAGUGUUUCUUCCAGCACGAGAGAAAUUCUUUGGAUUCAUGACGAAAUUUCUCAAGAAAAGCAACUCUGGCUACCUUAUCGGCGAUUCGGUAACGUUCGUCGAUCUGUAUUUGGCGGAACAGACAUCUGAAAUGGUUAAGCAAGUGCCCACUCUCUGCGACGGAUUCCCAGAAAUCAAAGCGCAUGCCGAGAAGGUUCGAUCGAUUCCAGAACUUCAGGAAUGGAUCAACACGCGACCUGAGACCAAUUUCUGA